CUCACUCACUCCAUGCAGUGACUUCUGCGAUGCCAUGGAGACGCAACGGAAGAAUAUGAGGACGCCCCAGAUGAAAUCUCUGGUCUCCGAUCUUGAUUACUACGCAGAGGCGUAUCGCUCCUACGCGGGAUUCUAUAGUCACAAAAUCAAGUUGUAUCAGAAGUGGGCAGACGACGUCUUUCUUCCUAUCGCAGUAGAAAAGCUUCAGGAGUUCUUUCAAGGGGAACAGGAGUUCAGAAUCCUCGGUAUUGGAAGUGGAGGAGGUGAGAUUGAUGUCUGUCUCCUGGAACGGCUAUCAGCUAGGUUCUCAUGCAUCAGCAACACCGUCGUCGAACCUGCGACCGAUGCCAUCUCGAAGUACAAAGCCCUCCUCGAUGAGAAAGCGACCAGCCUUCCCGGGGUAACAACGCACUUGAAGCAGACGACCUUCGAGGAAUUUUGCGCAGAAACGCGGGAGAACUCGAAUUCGAGCGACUCGCGCCCAACAUUUCACCUCAUCCACGCGAUCUCGAGCCUGUAUCACGUGGAUGAUUUCAAGAAGGUGAUCAGAGAGAUGUAUGAGAUGCUGGAAGAAGGAGGCGUGAUGCUCGUCAUUGUGAUGACAGAUGAUCACGUCAUUUACCGAAUGUGGGAUAACUUUCCAUUCCUCGUUGGUCAACAGCAGGAUGCUCUCGCUAAGAACUUAUCCAGCAAAGACAUAACAACAGCUCUCGAAGACCUCGGGAUUGCCUACUCCGUGCAGACGGUUAAUUGCAGGACCGACGCGAUCUCUUGCUUUAACCCGGAAUCCGAGGAAGGGGGUAAAGUCCUCGACUUUUUAACCAACACGAUACGAUUCAGGGAUACUGCACCCGCAGAGAUGUAUGACGAGGUUUUAGGAUUUCUGCGCGCCAUAUGCUCCGAGGCGUCUGGAGCCGAUGGUGGGGCAAAGGAAGAACUGAAAGAAGGGGUACCCAAAGAGAAGGAUCACAGAGACAACGAGUUGCGUUUUAACAGGGAUUGGCGGUCGGUCAUUGUUUUUCGCUAACUAAUAAGUUUGCAAAUUUUCAUUAUUUUGUAAGAUUCAAUGAUGUAAUAACGUACAACGUGAAUGACAGUCAUACCGCCGAAACUACUUACGUUCAGACCGACCAAAAGCCAUUCCGUUAUUUCUAAUGACAUCAAUCGAUCGGUUUGGAGUCGGUUUCGUUGGUGUGACUGUCGCACAAAUGAGUAUAGUGUUCAAGGCAUCAAUAUUAAGCAAGUAUAAAGUAGACCUAUCUAUGAUGCAACUUAUGUCGACCGGUAUAACUUGGCUACUGCGUUAUAUAGGUGAGGGACGGUGGUGUUUGAUUAUUCUCAUUAUUCUCUACAGGAACUCUAGUUGUGAAGCCUGUAGUGUCCGACAACAAAAUGAGACACAAUGGGGCACUCUAGAGGGCGUGGUGCUGAAUUAUUAUUCUUCGUCAUUUUUCGUUUUCUAUUCUUUUUUUCGCUGCAAGAAAUUGGAGAUUAUAUUGGUUGGCAUAAACCCGUUGAAUGUUUUUUUUGUUUAAUAUACAAAUGCACACCUUGUUACCAAUGAUGCACAUAACAUUUCCAUUUAUUUGAAAGCAGGAUAAAAUAGCAAUGUAGAUUAAAUGCCUUGCUCACGGGCAUAGGUGCCGCGGCCGGGCAUCGAACCCCGGACUUUCAGAGUCUGGCUAGGCGCUUUAGACAACUCGGCCACGGCACCGCCACGAUCAGAUCAGUCAAAGGCAGAUGCCGUGGAAUUUCACCAAGAUCGCCCUCUCUUGUUCGUGAUCGGUAAAUGACGAGAAAGCUUUUCGGAGAGGGGGGGUGGCUCUAGAUUUUCAGCUCAGUUUAGAAUCCACAGAUUCCUUAUCGUUAUUCAACUGAUAUGACAUGAUAAAAACGAACAGAUGCUCGACGAUGAUUUUUUUUUAAAGAUAAUAGACCCUAUGAUAUCUUAUCAACUUAUUGGUCAAUCGGGCAGUUAUAUGGAAAAUAAUUACAUCCUCCUUCAGGAACGAGGCGGGAGACAGAGCUGUCUGUAUAAAAUUUAGAUUGCAUGUUUAAAAUCAAAAUGAAUUACAAUUAUGUUUUGGGAGAGCUUGGAAGGAGACAUAUUGCAAACUGGCCUCCCCUUUCUCCCUCUAUUGUAAAUAGGAUAGACCACUGUCGCCCUUUUUGGGGAUUUUUUUUUUGCCCUGGUGCCAGCUGGUGCCACCUAUAGCACAUUCAUGUCUUCAGUCUCUUAAUGUGUAUUAAGACCAAUCGCUGUACUUGUGUAGUUUGUCAUGUUAUACACAAAAAUCACACUUUCUUUCUUUUAUUUAUGCCGUCUAGGUCAUGUCGGUAGCACGUACCGCAAACAGGGGAUUCGAUCAUGUUGAUAAUAAUUUUUUCCAUGUGUCAAGUUCAGCGGCGUGCAAGAUGUAGCGGGCCCUCCCGCCUGUGAGCUGAACUUGAGGGGGACGGGGUGCCGCUGGGUUUCGGAGUGGUCCAGCUAUGGUGGUGACGGCAUGGAUGCCACAAGUUUAUUCGAUCCACUUUUGGAGAUAUCAAAAUCAAUAAUAGUGAUGAUCUAUUGUAAAGCGCAGCUACAUGUAUGUGCAUAAUGUGGAGCGUUCUGGCCAAGUGGAUUAGUCUUCUGACUUUAAAACAGAGGGUCGUGGGUUCGAAUUUCAGCCAU